AUGACCGUCCUCAACGUCCCCGGCACCUUCAGCAAAAACGACUCCGAUUCGGAUAGUGACCAUUCGUCCCUCUUCGACUCGGCCCCUUCCAGUCCCACGUCGUCCACAGCAUUGAAGGAAGAACACAAACUCAAAAAACCCCCCAGCCACAAGUGUCCAACCGCUCCUGCCAAGACACCGGUAAACAAUACGAAUACCGUGCUUCAUACCAAAACACCAUCGAGGCCAACGUCCCAGUACGUAACACCUCCUCUUCCCAUGGAGCGGUCCAGCGAGCCUGUCAGACUGCUCAGCUUGUUGAAGCCCCAGAAUCCACGGAAAAAAAUCGAACAACAACGCAGAUACUCCCUCACGCUGGCAGACCUUCGGCUUCCUCCAGGCAAGCUCAAUGCACAAAAGGAGUCCACCCGCCUCGAGUCUCGUGAACGGACGCUUUCUGCCAGAAAGCCGUCUCUGGGCCUGGUGCCUCGAGCCGCCAAUUGGCAGAUCCCUCCACAUAUCCAUACCCAACGCCGGAUGCACCUGAGUCCUCCUCUGAGAAGCAGCACAUUGAGAAAGUCCAAGGAAGAGCUAGAUCCUGCCAAUGUGCUCAAGCUCAAGAUCUCGUGCCGAGAGCUGCUAGAAGAGAUUGUGGCGCUCAAGCUCCGCAAGGACCGGCUCCGGAGCACCAACGAGCUUGUGGAUGUGAUAUUGUUCAAGCUAGCAGGCAAGUUGCCGUGCUCGAAAGAUGGGGUGAAAAUCGCCCUAGUGUUCCCGGACCUGACGCUUCCGGGCGUGACUCUCAAGAGCCCUGGUGGCCGGAGCAACAACUGUGAGUGUGAAGAUUUCAUGAUGGGAUACAUCCAGGCGAAGAGCAAGAUCUACGUCAGGGUCUCGUCGGGAAAGUAA